AUGAGAGUUCUGGAAGAAAUCAACGUUAUUGUUCGCGCUAUCGAGUCUGGCUUGAUCGAUCCGACUGACCAAGGAAUGACCAACGCUGUGCCAUACUGUCACCCUUCUGGAUCUACCGGAACUACUGGUCGUUCCAGGGGUGAAGGUUCUGCAUCAAAUGCUCGGGGUACUGACAUGUCCAAGCCAAACCCACACUACCGGGAUAAAGGAAAGAUGACACCUAGUCGUCGAGAGCAAAAUACUUUCAAGGUUGCCAAAAGCAACCGGACCAAAGAUCCACUGUCUAGAAAGGUUGACUGUCCCGAUCACAAGCACCAUGCUAUGUAUCCCAACCUCGGGCCAUCACCUUGCCGUGGAUGCGGUGAGACUGUCAUGGCUCAAGUUCGGCACCAUCUCAACCGAGUAACUCAUCGCGGCCGCCCAGGGGCUUGGCAGUGUUCCAACUGCAAGAAGGAUUUCGACGACCAAUAUCUCUACAAUGCACACAUCAACCCGAAGAGAUGUAGAUUCAAUCCUCAGUGUCGAGAUAUAGUUAGAGAAUGGGCACGACUAUAUAUGCUACGCUAUCCUGGAGUUACCCGAAUUCCCAGCCCCUGUAAGUUUACCGUUCUCCAUGAUGAAUUCGUUGUGCUGAUGGCUUCUUGA